AUGGCUUUUGCUCUCGUUGGCUUGUCACUUGCCACACCCACCAAAACCGUUCAAAAGCGGGCCGACAUGUGUGGGCAGUGGGAUUCCGUACAGACUGCAGGCUACACUCUCUACAAUGCAUGUAUCCCAAACAUGUGGGGUAUGUCAGCCGGCACAGGGAGGCAAUGCACCACACUUAACUCCGUGAGUGGGAAUACCAUUGCAUGGCGAACCACCUGGAGCUGGUCUGGAGGACAAUACAAUGUCAAGUCCUACCCCAAUGCGGUGGUUGACGGACCGAAGCCCCAGUUGAGGAAUGUCAAAUCGAUUCCAUCAACGUGGAAAUGGUCCUACACUGGUUCUGGGAUGGUUGCAAAUGUCGCCUACGAUAUAUUCAGCUCUUCCACGGCAUCCGGAAAUCCUGAGUACGAGAUUAUGAUAUGGGUAGGAUCAUACGGCGGUGCCGGGCCCAUCUCCAAUGGCCAGCCCAAAUCCGUCAAUAUUGCGGGGACGGCCUGGAAGCUUCAUCAGGGGCAGAAUAACCAGAUGAAGGUUUUCAGCUUCGUUUCGGAGAGACCCGUCACCAAUUUUAGUGGCGAUUUGAACGCGUUUUUGACCUAUUUACGGUCAAAUAAUGGUCUUCCCGCGGGUCAAUACUUGACAUCUGUAGGCGCAGGAACCGAGCCAUUCGUAGGACAGAACGCUGUAUUUACUACGACAGCCUACAGCUGUGCCAUAAACUGA